AUGAAUUUGGACUUCAGUACCGUGACUUACAGAUUGGAGUGGAAUCCUAUCAUUAAGAAACUAGCGCAUAAUAGGCACAGAUGCGCCUUCAAGGAACAUGAGAAAGACUUCCCAGUUGAUGCGCAACGGCUAAAUAUCCCCGAUCGAAUCUUCAACUGGGUGGACGAUGCCUUCAAGGAGCUCAUCCGGCAGUGCGUGAUGAAGGCCGAAGUUGCCCUGUUCGCGGAACGCGCGUUUCAGGAACAGCUUGCAGGCCGGUUCGAUGGCAUCUGCUCCACGGAAGUGAGCCAGCAGCUGAAGGACAACCAUAAGCGGACGACCGCGGUGAUGCAAGGGUUUUCCCAGCAGGUCGCAUCGCUGAACCCGCGUCUGUUCGCGUACAGUCCCAGCCGGCGUGCGUUUGAAGUGUGGGCGACUGGGGUUAAUACCAGUCACCGAGCCUUCCAGCAAUCUUUCGAAGACUACCUUCUAUCCAAGGCGGCCGUCGAGCAGUACAUGACCACAGCGCCGCCGGAUACGUACAGGGAGGCCUUGUUGGCGUGGUGGAAUGACGUCUUCAACGUGGAGAUGACCAGGUGGGAGAGACCCAACUCGGGGUUUAAUCAAUGGCCUCUUUCAUACGAAGAUAUCAUCGAGGAGAUCUGUGUCCGCGUGCCCGCUGUUUUUGUUCAGUCUGAGACAGCCGUUCAAGGGUUUUUGCGGGUUGCUUAUGGUGAGGACCCUCUGUGA